GUAAUCGCGCCUCUUGCGCGCUCUCGCGUCUAGCGCGUACGCUCCGCAAAUUAUCAAAGCAGUUUUUGGGCCCACGACACGCGUUGUGUUUUUCGUGUCAAUAUGAACGAGUUCGAGAGCAGACUGGCCGAACAGGUCCGCCAGUACAAACACCUGUACGACCCCGCGUACAGAGACCGCAGCUACAUCCAGAUGGCCUCAAACUCCUGGAAAGAGAUCGCAGCAACUCUGGGGAAAGACGAGGCAGCAUGUCGGAGGGUGUGGAAGAGCACGAGAGACUGCUUCGUCAAAGUCAAAAGGAAGAGGAGCCGUUCAAGGAUCGACGGAACCACGAUGGUGCCGCGGAUCCUGGUGGAGCUCGACUGGCUGUCCCAGUUCGUCAAACAUCGAGAGACGGAAAAUGAUCUCGACCUGGAGGAUAAGAUGGAAAUGGACAGUGACGUCCAGAAGCCAACAUCAAAGCUCUGCACCUUAGACGACACAAGAAUCGAGCCACCCAUAUCUUCAUCAACCCCGGGUAACUUUUCUCCAUCACCAUACUUAGCUCCACUCUCUGGACCCUCUUCAGUCGAGACGGCGUCCUGCAGCAGCCCCUCACCUAGGCGUGACUCACCACCUUCCUCAGGAGUCAAUGAUGUCCACGCUCUAAAACUGGAGCUCCUGGAACAAGAGAGACAUAAAAUGAUGCAACAGGACAAUGCAGACUCACGGUUUGCUGAAGUUAUUAAGGACAUGUUGGCCAACAUCCACCCAAAGCAUAAACCGGAUGUUAAAUUUAAAGUAUACCAGCUGCUGUUUGAGGCAGAGAGGGAUUUCCCAAAGCAUUCAUGAAUAAAAGAUGGCUGCAUUUUUGUUUAUAGUUUCAUUUUUUACAUUUUUUUAACAUGUCAACAACACAAAAAAUGGUUAAAG